CAGAAGAAGUCUCUCAGUAUCAACAGCAGAAGAAGCUGUUUGGCAGAGCAGACUGGCUCUCACACUGUUUACUCUGAGCUCACUCUGCUGCCUGGCUGAGUCUCCGCCCACUAUAAGACUGGGCCUCAGGUGUGCUUUACUCUCAUUGUUCCUCAGCAGACUCACCUGUACUCACCUGUUCUCUCAGUGAAGAUGCUGGUUUGGUUGGUGCUGCUGUCCUGUGUGUGGGCGGUGCAGGGCUAUGGUAACGGGAUGGUGUCCGCCAGCUGCUCGGAUAUGACCCCCAACCACAAGAGUUACGUUGCUCAAACCAGCCAGGCUCCUUUCACCAUCACCGCCAACAACAGCACCUACACCGACGCCCAGGAGAUCACAGUGAUGAUCACGGCUACCUCCGGCUCGUUUAAAGGAUUUCUGCUGGAGGCUCGAGAGAUCGGCGGCACCAACGCCCCUUACGGUUCCUUUACCUCAGCGGGAUCCAACGCCCAGCUACUGACCUGCUCCUCACCUAGCGCUGCAGUCUCUCACACCUCAGCUGUAUUAAAAUCACAGAUUCAGAGUACGUGGAAAGCUCCUGCAUCCGCCAACAGCAAGAGCAUCGAGUUCAGAGCAACAGUGGUCCAAGACGUCUCCACCUUCUGGGUGGGUGUGAAGAGCUCAGCACUGAGUUAUACUGCACCAUCAGGAGGGAGCUCCACCCAAUCACCAUCCAGCUCAGCCACGAACAUGAUUUCCAGUACAGGCUGUGGUUCCACUAAGACCUGCUUCAGUAACCCCAGUGACUGUGACCCCUCCACAGACUCCUCCUGCUACUUCAUGUCCUCCACCCCUUCUGGAUCUCAGUACAGGUUUGAAAUCGUGGGACCUUCCAGUGGUUACGUCGCCAUCGGCUUUUCUGACGACACCGAGAUGGGUAAUGAUGAUAUCUAUAUCUGUGGAAAGAACAGUAGUGGAAGUAUCCAGUUACAACAUGCAUUCUCAACCGGAACUACCAAGCCCACCUCCAUCGAUCUGGGCAGUGUUUCAGAUAUCAGUGUGUCGACAGUAAACGGUGUGAUCAGCUGUUCCUUCACCUCUGCAAAUUCCAUCAGUACCACCCGCAGUUCCUCCACUGGGAGCAGCUACUACAUCUUCCUCGCCUACGGACCCACCCAGAACGGUGCGAUCCAGAUACACAGCAGGACCCCCUUCAUCAGCAGCUCUCAGGUGGAUCUCUCCAGUGUGCAGGCGGUGGGGGGAAGAGAAGUGUUCCCGGCCAUCGUUAAAGCUCACGGCUGUCUGAUGCUGAUAGCGUGGAUGACCACAGGCAGUGUGGGGAUGCUGAUCGCCCGCUACUUAAAGAAAACAGCGAAGGGGACGAGAUGCUGCGGUAAAGACUUCUGGUUUGUGGCUCACGUGUUUCUGAUGAUUCUCUCUGUUGCUGCUACAAUUAUUGCCUUUAUUCUGGUUUUCUCAUACGCUAAAGACUGGGCCGGGGGAGCUCAUCCAGUGCUGGGUGUUCUGGUGAUGAUCCUCAGCCUGGCUCAGCCAAUCGCUGCCCUCUUCCGAUGUGGACCUCAAGACGAGAGGAGAUAUAUAUUUAACUGGGCUCACUCUAUUAACGCAUUAGCCAUCAAAGGAUUGGCAGUGGCGGCGAUUUUCACAGGCCUGUUUCUGGUGGACACUUCUGAUUCGCAGUGGUUGACGAAGGUUAUGGGAGGAUUCGUCGCCUGGGAGGCAAUUUUCUACCUGUUACAGGAUUUCUACCAGAGAUGGAAGCUAAACGAUGUGACAGAGCCUGAUUCACAGGGGACGAGUACAGGAGUUCUGCUGCUGGGAUUCUUCUUCCUGGGGAAUCUGGCGUUUCUGGUGGCUCUGCUGGUCGGAAUCGGAAACGCGUAACGUCUGCAGAAGAAGAAACUGUACCAGUGUGCCAUCUGAGCCAUACACACACACACACUGCUAUUUUAUUAUCUCAUUAUUUUUUCUUUAUUGUCUUUAAAAAAAGCUUAAUUUCACUUGAUAAUUUCAAAUUAUAUUUGUUCAAUUUCCUUUUUAUAUUAUUUACAAUGCAGAUUUUAAUCACUAUAAUGUUAUAAUUAUUUGCACUAUACUAUAAUAUUUACUGUGUAUAAUCUGCAGGGUAAAUCUUAUAUUAUAAUAUAAUAUAUAUAUAUAUAUAUAUAUAUAUAUAUAUAUAUAUAUAUAUAUAUACAGUACAUACUAUAUAUAAUAUAUACAUAAUAUAUAUGUAUAUGUACUGUAUAUUUCAUGCAGCUUCAUAAUGGUAUAAUAAUUUUAAUCAGUAAAACAAACACAACUGUAAAUAAAACAUAUUUUUCAGACAUGAGAUAUUUGUAAGGAUUUAUUUAAUAAAAAACACUGAAUAAUUAA